AUGGCUGAGGAUAAUAUUGAUGAACAAACAUUUUAGCAGGACGAAACAGAAAAGCAAGUAGUUACCUAUAUAGAAAAAGUUUUGUAAGGAAAAGAUUAUAAAGAAGAUAUGGUUCCUCAAUGGAUUAACGAAAUAUGCGAAUAAACAUUAGAAUACUUAAUAAAGCAGUAAAAACCCUAUAAAUAUAUGGUAAAUUGUAUGAUAAUGCAAAGUACGGGUACGGGAGCGUGCGCUGCGUAGAGUUGCUUUUGGGAUGGUGUUGUAGAUGGUAUCGCAAUAAUUAAAUGGCCUAAGGAUAGCAAAGAAUAUUCAAAAAAUUAAGUUAGUGCAAUAGUUACAGUAUUUGCAUCAUCAUUAGUUCCUAAUCAUUGA